ACUGUUGUACUGUUGUAGUUGUCAUCAUGAUGUUAAAAGCAGUGAAAUGAAGACAAGUUGAGGAAAUAGCGUUUUAUCAAUUUUAACUAUUGUGUACUUUUAUAGGGGUUUAGCAUUUAAAAGUGUAUACCUUCUGCGAAUGUUUAAUUUAAUUUUACUGUAUUUAGGGUUAAGAGUUAAAGGUUAAGAAGCGAGCGUUUAAGUGCAUAACCUCAAAGUGAAAUAUAAAAUUCUGCCUAGCAGUCUAUAAACUUUGUCAAAAUUGAAUGGGUGGUAUCUAAGUUCUGAAUUACCUAGUUUUAAGAAUUAUUGGAUGAUUCUUUAUUGUUCAUCAGUUCACUGAAAUAAAUAAGUUAAACUUACAUCAUGGCUGAAGGAAAAAACAGUGGGCUAGAAAGUGGUGCUAUUGUUGUAAAAGCUAAACCAGAAAGAAAAGUCUUUAGACCCAUUAAAACUGUAACAAAAAUUCCCGAGGAAAUCUUAAAAUACGCUGAACUCAAUGCAGCUAUAAAGCUAUUACCCUCAAACUACAACUUUGAAAUUCCAAAAACAAUUUGGAGGAUCAAACAGAACAAAUGCAAACGAGUCGCACUUCAGAUGCCAGAGGGCUUAUUAAUGUUUGCAAUUACAAUCAGUGAUAUAAUUGAAAAGUUUACCGCUGCAGAUACUGUUAUCAUGGGAGAUGUAACUUACGGUGCCUGCUGUGUUGACGACUUUACAGCCAAAGCUCUUGGUGCUGAUUUACUUGUUCAUUAUGGUCAUAGUUGUUUGAUCCCAGUUGACCGAACCACAGGGAUUACCAUUCUAUACAUAUUUGUUGAUAUAAAAAUCGAUUCUCUCCAUUUUAUUGAGACAAUCAAAGCCAACUUUUCUAAUGACACAAAACUAGGCUUUGUUAGCACAAUACAGUUUGUAGCUACACUACAAGCUACUGCAAAUGAUUUAAGGAAAGACGGCUAUUCAAUUACAAUUCCCCAGAGUAGGCCUUUGUCUCCUGGUGAAAUCCUGGGCUGCACGGCUCCUACGCUUGUGGAUGUGGAUUGCUUAGUAUAUUUGGGUGAUGGAAGAUUCCACUUAGAAGCUGCUAUGAUAGCCAAUCCAGACAUCAAAUUUUUCAGAUAUGAUCCCUAUGAGAAAGUGUUGACAAUAGAGUCUUACGAUCACGAGGCAAUGAGGAAUAAUAGAGAGUCGGCAAUACAAAGAGCAAGUGCUGAAGGCUGUUUUGGUUUGAUUCUGGGAACCUUGGGGCGGCAAGGAAGUACAAAGGUUUUAACAACUCUCAAGGACAGACUUGAAACAGCCUCAAAGAAAUCUGUGAUAAUCCUUCUCUCUGAGAUAUUCCCGAGUAAACUAGAGCUGUUCGGAGACGUGGGAGCAUUCAUACAAGUGGCUUGUCCACGGUUGUCUAUAGACUGGGGCACAGCGUUCCCCAAACCUCUACUCACACCAUACGAGGCAGCAGUGGCCUUAGGUAACAUACAGUGGAACACCAAAUACCCCAUGGACUUCUACGCUUCCAACAGCCUUGGACCUUGGACUCCGAACCAUAAGCCAGAGGGUUGUUGUGGCAAAGGCUGUAGUAAGGAUAAAUAAAGCAUUUGUAAAUUUGUA